GCUGCCACCGAUCGUGAUUUGUGAGAAAAUUUACGUUCAUUCCUUAUACCUAUCUUUAAUUCAGAAAAAAUAAACAAAAAACAAUUAAUAAAACUUGUGAAACAAUAAUGGUACUAGAAGUUUGAGAAGUGUUAAAAGUGUUCGGUGAAAAAUAAUAAAAAAAAACUUAAUUAUUUAUUCGGACAUUUUAUGUGCUUUAAGUGGACGGAAUUGAGAAUUUAACCGGCGAAAGCAGCAAUAUGGCUGCAUCCCAUAUCCUGAGCGCCGUGGAGCCGACGGUCGGCGGCGGCGGCGCGCGCGGCGGCCGCGAGCGGGAGGUGUCCGUCGCUUUGGACGAUCGCGAGCUGUGGGUUCGCUUCCAGACGCUCACCAAUGAGAUGAUUGUCACGAAGAAUGGACGCCGGAUGUUCCCAGUGGUCAAAGUGAGCGCGAGCGGCUUGGACCCGACGGCGAUGUACACAGUGCUAUUGGAGUUCGUGCAAGUCGAUUCACACCGCUGGAAAUACGUCAACGGGGAGUGGGUCCCAGGGGGCAAAGCAGAAGUCCCUCCUUCAAACGCCAUCUACAUCCACCCGGAGAGUCCCAACUUCGGAGCACACUGGAUGAAGGAACCCAUAUCCUUCGCAAAAGUGAAGCUCACCAACAAAACCAAUGGAAAUGGACAGAUCAUGCUGAACUCUCUUCACAAAUACGAACCGAGAGUCCAUCUCGUGAAAGUGGGUACCGACCUCCGUCGCAUCAUGACGUAUCCUUUCCCCGAAACCCAGUUCAUCGCAGUCACCGCGUACCAGAAUGAAGAAGUGACGUCAUUGAAGAUUAAGUACAAUCCGUUCGCCAAGGCGUUCCUGGACGCUAAGGAGAGGCCGGAGGGGUAUUAUCAGAGGGAUUUUGUGGGGACGCACUAUCCGCAACAAAGUUCUUCGCCGCAUCAGUAUCCACAAUUUAGCGGAUGGUUCGUGGCAUCUCAGUCCUUGUAUGGCGGUAGUAACGCCGCUUCCAGGAGGCCAGCCCCAUACCCGCCCCGGCCGCCCUCCCGGCCACGAACACUUUCACCGCCUUCAACCUACAGCAACUCAGAGCGCACUUCUUCAGCGAAUACCACUAGCUACACCUGGUCGGGCAGUGGCUACUGGCCGGCGCAGAGCUCUCCCCCUCCACCCCCAUCAUCACCGUACCGCACGCCUCCAUACCCUGCGCCACUGGAGUAUCAGCCCCCUGCUACACAACCACAGCCGUUAUAUCCACUGCAAUAUGAGGCACCAGCGCAGCACUCGCCCUAUUAUCAGCAUGCGUAUGCUCCGUACGCACACCACCCCAUAGAAGAUAUAUCUUAUUGGCCUAAUAGCUUAAACAGCUACGGCUAUCAACCAUCUGAAUACGUCGGCAACGGCGACGUAGCGUACAACUCCGAAAACAUGCCCUUCGGUCCCACGGGACCUUCUUUAGAAGCGGCGCCUUCUACUACGGAGGGCCGUGCGACACCCCCUGGUACCGAGCAUGGUGACCGGGAGUACAAGUAUAAUGCAGAAGAACGCCAUUCGCCGUGCGAGGAACCGACGUUGUCACCGCGCCCUCCUACUCAGUGAUCUAGUGAUUUUGGACGAUUUAAAUGUUUCUUCAUUAACUAAUCAACUGUCAAACAUAGGCUAGAGCGACCUUUGUUGUUAAUGUACCCUACAUUACACAAAAUAGACGCACUAUGUACUUGUCCUACUUUGACAACGGUGAUUAGUUGAUGUAGUAACAUUUUUAGGCUAUAAAUAUGAAAUGAAGAGUAUUUUAUUGCACGUGGUUAAGUAUAAGUAGUUGAUUUUGCACGAGCUAAGAGGGAACUCUUAACUGAAAAAGGUGGGUAUAAAAGGAGUGUAUUUCUAUAAUGGCAUACUUAGUUAUAAAAAUCAUACAAGUUACAACAUUGAGCUAUUUAUAAAAUACACUCCUCAUUUAAUUCCCAACACUAUGAUUCUCA